UUUAUUCAAUUUUGGAAUAUUAAAUUGGUUCUACGCUAAAAUGUCGGAUACCACACGGUAUUUUAAUCAAAUAUAUUUAUCAUUUUCAGAUGUAAACCUUUUAAUAGGCGGAUUCUUAACAGACAGCUUCGUCUUACUUACGGCGAACGUGGAAGACCUCAAGCAGAUAGCCAAGAAAUUCCUAUCAGCGUCACUUACAGAACAACUCACCGAUUUUCUAGCUAAAGGCAAGUCUCCCGACCAGUUGUCUGAAGAGAAUGAAAGAAACGCCCAAGAGUAUAGGAAUUCUAGAGAACUAAUUGAAAAUAACGAGCCAUACAAUGACGUACAGACACCAGCGAAGACAUACAGUUACGAUAUCAACGCCGGGCCUCCAAUUGAAAAUGUAAAAGUUAACACACAACACGUUCAACAGAUGAAACGUAAAGAGAAUAGGUACAGAAAGCCUAAACCGGAGAACGCGGAUCCUAGACAGAUGCAGAUAACGUAUUCCAAAGAUACGAAUUCGUAUGAAGUGCAGCCGAAGCCGAGUUUUCCAAGAAAACAAAGGAAAAUCGUCAGAUUACAAUACGGCGAUGAGGAUUUGAAGAAAUUAAGAGAAGUUCAAGCUCCUAAUUAUCGUAAAUUGCAGAUGACUACUUUGAAACAACGCAAUGAAUUUGAUCAAUACGAUAAUCAUAGAAAUAAUUUGGUAGCAACAAGCGGAUAUCUGGGUUUGCCAAGAGUUGAAUGA